AUGUUCCCUCAAAAGCCCCUAACUACGGAUUCCGAGAAAUUUUACCAGCAGUGCGAGCCCGAUCAAGAGAACCUCUGUCUAUACGGGCUUCCGAACGAGACAUGGGAAGUCAACCUGCCCGUUGAGGAGGUGCCUCCCGAACUGCCCGAGCCAGCACUCGGAAUAAACUUUGCGAGAGAUGGGAUGAAAGUGAAGGACUGGUUAUCUCUUGUGGCAGCUCACAGCGAUUCGUGGCUCCUUUCCGUUUCAUUCUACUUUGGUGCACGAUUUGGAUUCGGUAAAAGUGACAGGAAGAGACUUUUUCAAAUGAUAAACGAGCUCCCAACCAUAUUCGAGAUUGUGAAAGGAGAUGCUAAGCAAGCCAAAGAAGUAGCCCAAAUUAACAGCAGCAAGAUCAACAAAUCUACUGGAAGAAUGCCAUCUCAACACCCGAAUGCCCAGCCAAAAUCUGGUGUUAAGGUUUCUGCACCCAAAAAUGAAGACGAUAUUGGAGAGGAAGAAGAGGAAGACGAAGAAGAAGAAGAAGAUGAACAAGGAGGCGCGUUAUGUGGAGCUUGUGGCGACAAUUAUGCAACCGACGAAUUCUGGAUUUGUUGUGAUAUAUGCGAGAGAUGGUUCCAUGGGAAGUGCGUGAAGAUAACACCUGCCAAAGCUGAACAUAUCAAGCACUACAAAUGCCCUAGUUGCAGUAACAAGAGGGCUAGGGUUUAAGAUUUUAAUCUUCCGAUUAUUCGAACUUUCUACGGGCCGAUCGAUUAAGGUUUAGAAGUGUUAAUUAGUGUUGUUAGUUGAACAAGGGUAAGUUAAUAUAUGCACAGAUCUUGUAUAAUCAUGUGGUUAGUUCAAGAAUAGAACGUGUGUUGUUUCACGGGGUAUCUUGAAUAUGAUGCUGGCUGAAUUGUGUACUUUAGGGUUGCUAGAUUCUGGUUUUCUUCUUAGAUUGGGAUUAUGGAAAUAUAAAUAUUUAUUAUUCUGAUUUUUGUAUAAUCAUGUGUUUUAGUAGAUGAAAUGUUUUGAAUUUUUUCAGC